UAUAGUCACAUCCUGCCUGCCUUAGAGGAAAUGUACCUGCUCUGCUCUGCACAACUGUUGCGGUAUAGUAGGUUGUUGUUAUGAUGAUUGGUCUAAUAGGCUAUAGCACAGUUGUUUUUUGUCCUAAAUAAAAAACUGUCCAGCAGUAAUUCAGAUUCAGCACUAUGCUUCAGAGGAAACCGUCAAAUGUCUCAAACAAAGACCCAAAGAGCAAGACAAAACCAAAGGUGAGAUCUUUUAAAUGUCAGGUUUUUUGGGGGUAAAAUCUGCUUUUCUAUUUGCUGCUAUCCAAUGUAAUAACAAAAAGCAACAUUUUAUACACUACCGGUCAAAAGUUUUAGAACACCUACUCAUUCAAGGGUUUUUAUUUUAUUUUUACUAUUUUCUACAUUGUAGGAUAAUAGUGAAGACAUCAAAAUGAUUAAAUAGCACAUAUGGAAUCAUGUAGUAACCAAAAAAAUUUAAACAAAUCAAAUAUAUUUCAUAUUUGAGAUUCUUCAAAUAGCCACCCUUUGCCUUGAUGACAGCUUUGCACACUCUUGGCAUUCUCUCAACCUGUUUGGUUACUACAUGAUUCCAUAUGUGUUAUUUCAUACAAUGUAGAAAAUAGUACAAAUAAAGAAAAACCCUUGAAUGAGUAGAUGUUCUAAAACGUUUGACCGGUAGUGUAUGUCUUUAACUGGUUGGGCAUUUUGUUUGACAUUUUUAAAACUGCGUGUAUUACAAUAAAUUGAAAUGUUCUAAAGCAUAUUUCCAAACAUUGGGCUGUAUUAUGCACAUAACUCAGGAUAUUAAAGGUGAAGAUUCACUCAAAAGAUUUGAGCAUAGUGCUGAUGAGUAGAGGGAGUUUUAGGAAGAUCAGGAGGACUAGAAUGUGCUAGAACAGUUGUUACCCCCACGCAUCACGUCUAUUUCUAUGGGCACAAGCACUGUCCAUGACACAAACUGUUCACACCCCUUUUGUUGGCGGAGAGAUAAUUUUACAGGUUUAAAGCUUAUUUCCUGCAAUUCUAUCAAUUUUGCCAUGGGCUGAUAUUUGUUUUUGCAAUGUUCUGCAAUUCUCCACAUUUUGCCAUGGGGUGGAGAGAACAUUUUGCAGUUUUAAAGCUAAUUUCCUACAAUUCUACACAUUUUGCCAUUUCUUAUUAGUGUUCUGUGUGACUCAAACAUUACAACAAAAUCAAUGGGCAAAAAAACCUAGCUAAAAAACAUUAACUGACAUGGGAUAGUUGAUCUGGACAUUUCUGAUGUUACAAAUAGAUCUCCAAGGUCUGCAAUGACUGACAUGACAAGAAGAAAACAGCUGAUGCACUACCCAAUUUUAGCCAAACUUUCUUUUUUUGUGUGGGGGGAGGGGGGAUUCCGCGCACCACUGCCGACCCCUCGUGCCUCCCCUAAGGUGCUCGCCCCACAGUUUGGGAACCACUCUGCUAGAAUAAUAAAAUGCAUAACAAUAACAAUAUUAUACAUAACACGAAUACAACACUGAACAAAUAAAGUAGCAAAAUAAUAACAUAAAAUACUAUAAUAUUCAAUGUAUUCAUUGGGAUUUAGCAUAAGAGAUACAUUUACAUGACAUCAAUUUAUGGAAAAUGGCCAACCAUAACUGAUACAAACCUCAUUAGCUGCAGUGAAGCUGAGCACAACUCAGCACUCACCCAUUACCAUACAGUAAUACUCAUAAUGCUCAUGAUAUCAGAGUCCAAACUGAAUCUGCAGUUACAUCAUCAAAUCCAAUCCUAAACAAAUACAACAUUAGAUACAAUUCAGUACAAAAAAGAUCAAGAAAAAUCUCAAUCCAGUGGAUAAAAUGCCGUAAUAGAGCCUGGUGGUAAUACAGACAGUACUAUGUAAAUACAUGACCAGAGGAACAGCAGAUUAGAUGGUUUACAGGGUAUAGGCCUACAGACAUGACUGCUCUGAGUUCUACAUAAACACUGCAGCCAGACAACAUGUGUCCUGCUGUUACCAUCCAAAACACAUUUUAAUCCGUUAAUCUCCCAUCUCACCCAGCGCUCCACUAGCUUUGGCCGAUUUGACACCUUCAGACACCAACCAGCCCCAGUGAAGCCAGAGGAAAAUGGCAAUUCUUUGGUACGUGAAGCAUCUGUCUGAUUUUGUUAGCUACUUCAACCAGUAAUUCCUUAUAAGUGACACUGUAAACUUUCUUAAUUGUUUCAACAUUAGUUUUCAACAUUUGUUGAAAUAUUUUUUUUAAUUCAAAUUAAAUUGAUUAAUGUUUCAAGUCAGCAGGGCUGACUCAAGAUUUUUUAAACACUUCUAACUUUGGGCUUUGUAUGCUGCUGUAUCGUAGUUUAAGCAUGUCAACCAUGUAACAACAUGUGUGUGUUAAUAUGUGUGUAGUUUGCAGAGGAAGAGCAGGUUGUCAGUGGUGACCAGACCAGAUCAGGAGGUAUAGGGAAGAAGAUGAAGGCCAUCUCACUUUUGAUGAGGAAGAGAAUGGGCAGGAAUUAUACCAAAGCCCUGUCAGAGGAAAUGGUGAGUAAGCGGAUCACGUUGUGUCAUACAGAUCAGGCCUCAACAUUCAGUGUACCACAGACCUUGGAUAAAAGCCAAAAGAGGGAAAUUAAAGUUUAACGAAAAGAAAGCUGAUGUCCAAAUGCAGAGGUAUGGGCUAGUAUGUAGAAAAUUAACAGUAACACCACACAAACUGUAGGAACAGACCCCCUGCGUAAUAAGGAUCAAGUCCAUUCUUCUAUGUAGCAAAAUAAUUGAGCAACACAUGAAUGAACAAUAGAAUCCCAACAGAACUGGAACCUUGGAAGUGUACAGAAUGAUAAUACAGUGAUAAUACAAUACAGUGAUAAUACAAUACAGUGAUGAUACAGUGCAUGGCUUCUCAGGAGGAUCCUCAGGAGGAUGACAUGUAAGGAAAGGAGGAUUAUACUGUAAAUUAUGACGAACAAGCAGUGCGUGCGUGGGUAAAAUCACUGGGGAAGCCAAGCCAGAAAAAGAAAGCCAUAUUACAACCUAUGUGUUGUGAUAAUUGCGUUGUUUGCUCUAUAACCUGUUAGUUCAUAUGCCUUGUGAUUGUGAUAUAUAGGUUUAAGGCCGAGACAUUAAGAAGAUACAGUGGCAGAAUAAGUUCAACCACACCUUUUUUUCUUUACGAAACCGGAGAGCAACCUCUGUCCGGUGAAGUCCACAAUGUCACGUUUGUUUUUAGAAGGAUUUGACCAAGGUGCAGCGUGGUAUGCGUACAUAAUCGUUUAAUAUAUUAAACACUGACAAAACAACAAAAGCAACGUAACGUGCAGUUCAAAAGGCUAAACAUACAACAAGCCAAACUGAAACAAGAUCCCACAACUAAAGGUAGGCAAAAUGGCUACCUAAGUAUGAUCCCCAAUCAGAGACAACGAUCGACAGCUGCCUCUGAUUGGGAACCACACCCGGCCAACAUAGAAAUACAUAACAUAGAAUUCACACCCUGACCGAACAAACUAGAGAAAACCGGGCUCUCAAGGUCAGGGCGUGACACACAAAGCAUAUUGCAUGUAUCAAACAGUUACAUGACCUACAGCAUGGUCAAGCAAGUUCAUGUUUCCGACAUUUUCGGACUACUAAACAACUAUUGAUUUAGAACCACAGAGAGUUACCGCAAGUUGCAAAGAAAACAGGAGCUGCCUCCACUAUUCCAGCACCAUUUCAACUUCAGCAUCAUCAUAUCACCUAUGCUUAGUCUAAUACAGUGACAACUAAAAGAUACCUAAAAAGAUUUAGUCCAAUCAACUUAAGCUAAAUAUGAUGUGGCUGUCCAUGGUUUAGAUUUCUCUGUGUGCGUGCGUUUGUGCAAGUAGAAAAAACAUGUUGACUCACCCUACUUGUAGAGAAACGCCAAUGCCAUCCUCCUCUCUUUCAUGUUGAUAAAACGGUCUAUGACUCUGUCAUACAGUAAACGCUUUCAUUUUUUGUUGUCCUAGGCUACCUGGCUAAAAUGGAUGCUCGCUAGCCUAACUUCCUUCCUUUCAUGGGCAAAAAUGUGCCAGGCCAGCUAGUUAACAUUAGCCUACUACAUCUAGCUACAUAUUUAACUUCCAUCCUCUCAGGCCAGGGGCACAAUGUAUGCAUUUAUGGUUGGAUCAGAAUAUAAUCAUUGGCCAGUACGGAGAAUUAAGUAAAACCACAAGUCCAAAUCCCUAUCUCCAUCCAUGGCUAAUUUAGGAAAGGGCCAAUUUGUGCUAGUUAGCUAGCCACCAGAUGACAACAACACAACAAGAUGCAACAAUUCAAGUUUUUUCCUGUCAAUGACGUUUUGCUCUCGAUGUGAUGUGAUUGGAGUGAAGCCAAAUCUGGCUUCCCUUGACACUUUUUUUGGUGCACCAGGACCAUUCACAGUUGAGCUCACUCAGUUUAACUCAAAGCUUAUUGGCUAUUAUUUUAUAUAUUUUUUGUAUCAAGGGAGGCCAAAUGCUCACUGGCUUCCCUUGCAUUCAACGCUACGGGCGGCAAACAAUGUCAUACUCUUUUUGACCAGCAUCAGAUAGAUGGCCUACACAUACAGAGACAAGAGACAGAGGAGCACUGUUUCGCUUGAUCUGAUGCUUUCUCAGGUGAGAUACAUUCGACCUCUUGCGAAUUGAAGGAAAAAUAUUUUUUCUUGGUAAAUUUUUUGGGGAAGCCUGGCUUCCCUUGGCAUCCAUGAAAGAUAAUGAGACAAAGACUCAUUACCACAUCACCUGGUCACCAAGUUAUUUGUGGAGCUAAAAAUAAGCACCUCUUCUCUCACAGUGAGGACCAGGGAGGUACAGUCAGAGCCUAUGGUGGAUUACACACACCUCAUGGCCAUGUCAAGUCUCAGUUAUAAAUGGCAAGGUAGUUCUGUGUGGAUUAAGGACUCUUGGCAGAAGAGAGGAGAGGAGCUCUUCUGUGCCCUUGCAUAAACUGCCUGGGAUACUGAGCCGCUUUGGCACAUGAGAAAUUAAACACGGAAUAGCUUAGAGCCCUGCCCCGACCCAGCCCUCUGAUUGGUUUAGCUUUCUCCUGUUCUUCCUCCUCAACCGCCACGCUGUGAGAUGAGAUGAGAUGGGAAGUGACAGCAUAAGGAGAAAAGGAGGGCAAAGAAAAUGAUAAAACGUGACCUGUUCUGUUGUUUUUUACUGUGUAGGCCGACGAGAUGGAGAGAGAUGAAGAAGGAGAAGGGGAUAUUGUUAAUGGCAUCCAUUUAUUUCCAAAAGGACACAGAAAGUCCAGUCACUCUCUGGAAAGUCUCUACAUUCUCAACAGUGGACACAGCUCCUCCAGUAAGCUCCUUGGGCACACAGCCAACACCUUACUGAACUAAUUAAGUUCCCUUUCACUCUUUACUAAUGCAAUUUUAGUUUACUCUGCGUUACAGUAAAGCAUGUUACACAUUGUGGUUGAUAAAAAUCAAGUGUGGAUCCCAAUCUACUAAGGCAUGUUGUUGGACCUCGAUUAACCCAACAAGGAUGCCUGACAAACAUAAUCACAGUCAAAAGUCUAAACUGACAAUAUUUCACACACUGCCAUAACUUUCAUAACUUAAUCUUCUAAUCAGCAAGUAGGCUACCAUUAGACCAGCAUCAACCAUCAUGAAUAGACAUUCAUCGCAUCAAGGAGUUGAAAACUCCCUCAGUAUGUAGCAUGAUGUACUACAGUACCCACAAUGCUCUGUGUAAAACAUUUGGCUUUGUGUUUGUAAAUAUUGUUGUGAAGCCAAACAACAUGAUGUCGGUCUCCUACCAAUCAAACUGUGUUGUGUGCUGCUGCCCAGGUGGGGUGACCAGUGGGUCAGACGGCUCCAGUAACAGAGACAGUCUGAGGCUGGACGAGGAGCUGCCCUACACAGGCCAGUUCUGUGGCAGAGCCCGGGUCCACACAGACUUUGUCCCCAGUCCCUACGACACGGAAUCACUUAAACUUAAGGUAAUUAACCUACCUGACUAAACCAGUUGUAUCCUGAUUCCUGACUGACUGAAAUAUAGCUGUGAAUGUAGAAUAAUAUAACAUAUUAUGAUAAAUUGUUAUAGACUGCCUCUUUCUCAAUUGUCAAACCUGUCAUUCCGCACAUCCUCCUGGAUUUUUAAGCAGUUGAGAUCGAGCCAAUGUCUUGCAAAGUAGGUUAUGUAGACCUAAUAGUAAAAGGCCCAAUUCUUCUUUCAGGUUGGGGAUGUGAUUGAGAUCAUCAACAAGCCUCCUAUAGGUAUAUGGACAGGCAUGCUGAACAACAAGGUGGGAAACUUUAAGUUCAUCUACGUGGACCUCAUAGUAGAGAAGGUUCCUGAACUGCCUCAGAAGAUGAGGACACACAGGAGAAGCAGGAGAACCCGUCCCAAAACGCUACAGGAGCUCCUGGAGCGCCACAAUUUGGAGGUAGACUGACUCUCUCUCUCUCUCUCUCUCUCUCUCUCUCUCUCUCUCUUCUCUCUCUCUCUCCUCAAACCUGUUACAGGUUCCCUGGAUUCUUUGGAAAAAAUCCCCAGAUAAAUUGCAUCUUUAGGGAACAAUAUGUUUCUGAUGUCAACACAGUGCUAAUAGACUGGUUUUAGUUGUGUUUUUCGUUAUAACAUGGCGACUUGCUUACCGAUUGGUAUUGUUUAUAUGUAUUGUAGGAGUAUGCCUCUUCACUGCUCCUGAAUGGCUAUCAGACAGUAGAUGACCUGAAAGAGCUGAAGGAGAAGUAUCUGAUGGAACUCAAUGUGACUGAUCCUGAACACAGACAUCGUCUGAUGGCAGCUAUCGAGUGCCUCCAAGAACCCCAAAGUGAGUCAGGGUAGUCUUCCCCCUACUUACAUUUCCAGGUGGAAUGCAAAGGCACUCACCCAGGCCUUUUGGCAUCAGAAUUGACAAUUGAAACCAAUAGAAACCCAAACUCCUUUAGGUGAGGCACAACAGUGUUAGUUCUGACAAAAACGGAAGCAUAUAUAUUCAGAUCUCCAAAGCAGAUAAGGAAGGGUAUACCGUCAGCGGAUGUGCUGUAUCAGGGCCGUGGUAUUAGGGACCCAGGUAAAUAAGCUAAUGAAAACAGGAUACCCUUACAAAAAAAUAAAAUAAAAUAAACACAUGAGGAAAAACCCAUGUGGUUUUCAGACACGUGUGACCUUUCACAUGGAUUUUCACGUGAACAAAUCACAUGUGGUUUUCAUACAUGUGUGAAGUUCCACAUUAUCAUUUUUCAUGACUCAGAUAUGUGGUUUCCCUACAUUUCAUGUGAUAUUAUAAGUCUCACAUGUGUGCUUUAGUAACCAGCGGGGUUAGAACCCAGGUCUCUCACAAGUGAAGCCAACGCGUUGACCAUUAGACCAAGAGGGUCAACACAAAUGUUGAAGUCGCAGGCCGGGCUACCUCAUCAUGUGACCAUGAGCAAAAGCAUGUCAUGUCUGUUACACUUUCACAUGUUCCUUUUUUGUCAUUUUAAUGUCAAUUUUUAACUAGGGCUGUCAAACAAUAUUUAUUUUUUUAAUCGAGUUUAUUGCAGGAUUUGCUGAUUAAUCAUGAUUAAUUGCAAAUUUAGAAUGUUCUCAUAUUUAGCUGUAAUUUAAGAUUUUUUUGGUCCAAAGUAACGGUUAGCAAAAUCAGGUUAAUUGAUAAACACACUUUCUUUAACCUCAAUGUCAACUUGUUUUGAAAUUGCAUUGUUGUUUUUAGCUGUAUAGAUGAUGUAUUUUGGAUGUUUUCAGUGUAAUUUGAACGCUUUCAGAUAAUGUGAUUAAUCACAAUAAAAAAAUAAUUGUGCACUAAAAUUACAAAAAGUGAACUGAUUAACCCACAUUAACAUGUUAAACAGGAUAAAUAAGGAGGCAUCCGAGACGCCAUACAAAAGUUAGCUAGUUAGCUACUUAGAUUGGCUAAACUCAUGUAAACUGUAAAAAUCUCACUUUUCUUUUACACGGCAAAACUGUUCAAUUAUAAAUACAAAAUUACAGUUAAACAUGUUAUCUCUAGAUUUUGAAAAUGUAACCAUGCAUUGAAACCGUAAAACAGGAUGAAAAAAUGUGGAGACACAGAGAGCUAACUUAUCUGUUCUUUUCAUUGGGCUUCUUCCAAUGGUCACUGACCAAUGUAUGAAGAAGAGAGGCGUGCGCCUGCAGCAGUAACAGUCCGAAUGAAUUUCUCAGAAAGAAGAAAUAAUUAUUUUUAACGCACUUGAAUUAUUAUACUCAGGUAGGCUAAGUAACUUUUUUAUAGAAUGGCAUUACAGAAUUUGUAAGGAGAAUAACACUGUUUCACUGCCACAUGUCAAAGUUCGAUUUUCACAUCUAUGUUUCUUACAUGUGAAACUGCAAAUUAGAAUUUCACAUGUGAACGGUUUUCACAUGUGAACUUGCAAUUCCAGAUGUGAAAGUGAGAUUUUCACACAUGAAGUUUUCUUACAUGUAAAACUGCGAAUUAGAUGUUCACAUGGGAAAAUGCAAUUCCACAUGUGAAAGUUAGAUUUUCACGUGUGAAAGUUUUUCACAUGUGAAACUGCAUAUCUCACAGGUGAAAACAUUAUAUUCUACUGACUUGAAAAGGUGGUGUUAACAUUUGAAAUGUAAUACAUGUGAACAUAUGGUUUUACAUGAGAACAACUGACCUCACGUGUCAGCUCAACGUGAAAAUGGCUAUUUCUGCAAGUUUCACGUUGUUGUUUUUUUGUAAGGGUAACCACCACUUACAGCAGGGUCGUUCCAUAUGAUUUCAAUCACUUUCUGACUGCACCCCUUUUGAUUUAAACAAAACCUUCCAUACAUGUUUUCUCAUGGUAGAAGUAGUCAGAAAGGGACUUUUUGGAGCUGAAUGCCAAAAUAUUUAGAAGAUAGAGGUGCUCAAAGUUGACCCAUUUUGCAUACCCCUUCCCUGAUGACUGAAACUAAAUUAUUCCACUGCUCUGUAGUUCGCUACAUACUUCAGUCUGAGACUGCUAUCAUUGAAGUUGUUUGUGGUGAUGUCAAAAUGUGGGGUGUUGUACAAAACAAUGUCAUCAACGAUUGGAUCAUCUCUAACCAAUCAUAGUAUUUACAUUUUACAUUUUAGUCAUUUAGCAGACGCUCUUAUCCAGAGCGACUUACAGGAGCAAUUAGGGUUAAGUGCCUUGCUCAAGGGCACAUCGACAGAUUUUUCACCUAGUUGGCUCGGGGAUUAGAACCAGCGACCUUUCGGUUACUGGCACUACACUCUUAACCACUAAGCUACCUGCCGCUAUACCCACCUGUGUUCUGGCUCUGGCCCAACCCAUUGGCUCUGGCCCAACCCAUUGGUUUCUGGGACCAAUCAGAUGGUCUAGAAUACAUUUCCAUUCUAGAAAUCGUCGGGGAGGUACUCAGAUCCAGACUCAUUGUGGAGAAUAAACUAUCGUCCGUGGAUGUGGCAUAGCAUUUGGCCGGAGCAAGGAGUUUGCUCCUUGCCUUCAUCAUUGUGAAAAAUAAAUGGUUGAGUUUGAUAUAAUUUGAAAGCUUACAAAACAAGGUUAUCAAACUAUUUUAUGAUUUAUUGAAAAAUAUGUUUUUUAAUAAAUGAAUAAAAUAAUGCUUUAACGUCAAUUAUCUAAUAUAUAUAUAUAUUUUUUUCAUAAUAUAUGUUGUAGCUUAGAUUUUAUUUAAUGCAUUUAUGUAUGGAAGGUUUCGUUCAAAUCAAAAGGGGUUUAGUCAGAAAGUGAUUUAAUUAAUAUAGAAGACCCAGUACAGAGAACAGUACAGGAUAGUUACCACAAAGAGUUCAAUAAAGUCACAGCAAGCAAUUUAGGACAGUUACCACAUACAGUUCAAUACAGUCACAGCAAGCAAUUCAGGACAGUUACCACACACAGUUCAAUACAGUCUGUCACAAGGCUGAUGUGGAUGCGGUGUUGGAGUCAGGCGCAGGACACAGAAGCUUAGUUGAUCCGACUUUUAAUAGUCACCGGAGCAAAAUUCAAAAUACAUCAAGCGAAUACGCAAAACAGUGCGUAAAGUGCGCACGGCACUAACAAAUAGUAAACUCAUACACUCAACCAACCCGACAGGAGAACAACGACACACAACUACAAACAAAAACCAGAGGAAACUUAUAGGUGACAUAAUAAAGUCGUGAUGUGGAACAGGUGCACUAAACAGACAAAACCAAACAAACAUAGAUAACAUCAAACGGUGGAAGCUAGUACUCCGGGGACGACGAACGCCGAAGCCUGCCCGAACAAGGAGGAGGAGCAGCCUCGGCGGAAUUCGAGACACAGUCACAGCAAACAGUUCAAAUCCAUUACAGCAAACAGUGCAGGGCAAAUAGAGACGGACAAAAACAGAUAACUACUACAGUUGACCAUUGUACUACAGAUGAAGAGCAUGUAAUACUGUUGAAUAGUCCAAACUGUCUGUAUUAACUGCAAGAAGUGAACUUCAGAAUGUAACAUUAAUUGUGUUCACCGCACAGUGUGUGUAAAUAACAGCAUAUCAGCCAUCUUGUCCUGGCCAUAGCUAGCUAAAGAAGAUAUCUUAUAAUAUACAGUGGGGAAAAAAAGUAUUUAUUCAGCCACCAAUUGUGCAAGUUCUCCCACUUAAAAAGAUGAGAGAGGCCUGUAAUUUUCAUCAAAUGUACACGUCAACUAUGACAUACAAAAUGAGAUUUUUUUUCUCCAGAAAAUCACAUUGUAGGAUUUUUUAUGAAUUUAUUUGCAAAUUAUGGUGGAAAAUAAGUAUUUGGUCAAUAACAAAAGUUUCUCAAUACUUUGUUAUAUACCCUUUGUUGGCAAUGACACAGGUAAAAUGUUUUCUGUAAGUCUUCACAAGGUUUUCACACACUGUUGCUGGUAUUUUGGCCCAUUCCUCCAUGCAGAUCUCCUCUAGAGCAGUGAUGUUUUGGGGCUGUCGCUGGGCAACACAGACUUUCAACUCCCUCCAAAGAUUUUCUAUGGGGUUGAGAUCUGGAGACUGGCUAGGCCACUCCAGGACCUUGAAAUGCUUCUUCGAAAGCCACUCCUUCGUUGCCCGGGCGGUGGGUUUGGGAUCAUUGUCAUGCUGAAAGACCCAGCCACGUUUCAUCUUCAAUGCCCUUGCUGAUGGAAGGAGGUUUUCACUCAAAAUCUCACGAUACAUGGCCCCAUUCAUUCUUUCCUUUACACGGAUAAGUCGUCCUGGUCCCUUUGCAGAAAAACAGCCCCAAAGCAUGAUGUUUCCACCCCUAUGCUUCACAGUAGGUAUGGUGUUCUUUGGAUGCAACUCAGCAUUCUUUGUCCUCCAAACACGAUUAGAGUUGAGUUUUUACCAAAAAGUUAUAUUUUGGUUUCAUCUGACCAUAUGACAUUCUCCCAAUCCUCUUCUGGAUCAUCCAAAUGCACUCUAGCAAACUUCAGACGGGCCUGGACAUGUACUGGCUUAAGCAGGGGGACACGUCUGGCACUGAAGGAUUUGAGUCCCUGGCGGCGUAGUGUGUUACUGAUGGUAGGCUUUGUUACUUUGGUCCCAGCUCUCUGCAGGUCAUUCACUAGGUCCCCCCGUGUGGUUCUGGGAUUUUUGCUCACCAUUCUUGUGAUCAUUUUGACCCCAUGGGGUGAGAUCUUGCGUGGAGCCCCAGAUCGAGGGAGAUUAUCAGUGGUCUUGUAUGUCUUCCAUUUCCUAAUAAUUGCUCCCACAGUUGAUUUCUUCAAACCAAGCUGCUUACCUAUUGCAGAUUCAGUCUUCCCAGCCUGGUGCAGGUCUACAAUUUUGUUUCUGGUGUCCUUUGACAGCUCUUUGGUCUUGGCCAUAGUGGAGUUUGGAGUGUGACUGUUUGAGGUUGUGGACAGGUGUCUUUUAUACUGAUAACAAGUUCAAACAGGUGCCAUUAAUACAGGUAACGAGUGGAGGACAGAGGAGCCUCUUAAAGAAGAAGUUACAGGUCUGUGAGAGCCAGAACUCUUGCUUGUUUGUAGGUGACCAAAUACUUAUUUUCCACCAUGAUUUGCAAAUAAAUUCAUUAAAAAUCCUACAAUGUGAUUUUCUGGAUAUUUUUUUCUCAAUUUGUCUGUCAUAGUUGACGUGUACCUAUGAUGAAAAUUACAGGCCUCUCACAUCUUUUUAAGUGGGAGAACUUGCACAAUUGGUGGCUGACUAAAUACUUUUUUCCCCCACUGUAUAUGUAAUCGAUAUACACUGCAAAUACACAAAGCACUGCAGAUGAAAGGAAAGGCAGAGUCGGAGUCAGGAAACAACAUUGAGUGAUGCAAGACAAGACAAGCUACUGACAGGAAAUGUCAUUUUCAGAGGUGAGACACUGUGGCUUGGGUGCUGCACUAGCCUAUCCAUCUUGUUUUUCAAGCUUAUGCAAACCUUUUCAUCUUUUGAACUUCGCUUUUCACUGUAGUAAGCAAAAGUAACAGGGUCUCACAGCUUCCACAGCCUACAUAAAGAUUGAAACAUACCAGCUACAAUAGGCAUAUUUCGGUGCUGGGGAGAAAGAGGAAACAAUGAAAAAAGUAAUUUCUACAUCUCUGAUAUUGCGGGAACAUAUUUGUGGCCAUUACUUUUGAAUAGACCAAUAUAAGCUCUCAAAGUCCCCAUGCCCAUUCCAUUCCAGGUGAUGGUCAGAAGGAGGGAGAGUUGAACCAGGAAGCCAAGUCCCCGACUGAGAGCGUUAAAGCGGACCUGAACGACUGCCCCAGAGACUCUGGCUGCUACAUCCCUUCUGACUGCUCAGACAACAGCAAGGAGGAGACAGACAUCCACCUGCCAGCACUGCACCAUCAUCCUCCCAUGGAUCAGACCUAACCACCUCCUGCAGAUAGACACUCCUAAGGGCCUGCCGCACUAGCAGAAAAUUUAUUGUUGUGGAUCGAUGCAAUUCACCCGAAUCAUGGUCUAAUGUGAAAGCCCUUUUCUUCAAGACAAGAGCACUCCUUUUUGCUUUCAUACUGCAUUUAGUAUCUGUAGCCUAUGUGGCUGUCACUGCAAUUGUUAUGUAUGAAGCUACUGUACACAAUUUCCUGUUCUAGUGAGUUGGCUUGGUGGCUGAUUUGUAAAUGUUAAUGAUGAUGUAACCAAAGCCUUUACAGCUGUUCAAAUCACUCUGUCAUUGGACCUGUGAA